AUGGAGUAUACUUUAGUCUCACAGAUUUUAUCUGAAAAAGAUAUCCUUUACAACAUCAAGACGUGUUUUAUAGGAGACCCGUCGACUAAUGACGACAGAAAAGCGCUUAUUUGGAAUUGUUUUAAGAGCGACACUUCACUUCCACCAGAGGACAUGUCACAAGUUUUAUCAAUGACUUUGAAUAUUAAGGACAAAAUAGGUCGUGUUACGUUACAGAAUUACGACAACUUUGUGAGUCGAGGAGCGAGUUAUUUUCCUUUUAAAGGUGUUUCACUUGCUGUUGUUGUGUUUAACUCACAAGAUGACUCUUAUAAAAAUGUCAAAAAUUGGUACAGUGAAGUUAAUAGAUAUUGUGGUGCGUCCGAAUCGUUACAAACACUUAUAAUUGGUAUAUUUCCAGACAACUCUUAUCAUGACUUUAUCCCAGAUAACAUCAAAAAAGCUAUUGAAAACAUUCCACGUUCGACCUUUUUCUACUUUGAUGCAAACGCGGGUGUACACUUUAGAGAAACAUUCUUUAGGCUAAUUGUCAACAUUCGAGACUCUCUCUUCAGCGACUUGAAAUUAGUCGAACUUGAAGCAAAAAAAGAAAGGCAAGCUAUGGCAAAAAAGAAACCCAAAGUUGUUACUUCAACGAAUUUAUCGUCUGCAUUGUCGCGAAAAAUGAAGUUGGUCACUAAAAAUGAUGCCGAGUUUUUCGUUCUGAUUAAAUGUAUUGCCCUUGGGGAUGAAGGAACAUCUUCGUCGUGUCAUCGUGUGGUUCAACACAUUCUCGACCUUCCCGAAGCUGUUGGUGAUGAUAUUGAAGACUAUGUUUGUGUUCCACAGCACAUGAUACAAAAAGAUGCGGUGACCAUCAAGCUUAAAAUUGAUGUUUAUAAUCACAGUAUACCUUCUGGCAAAUCAUACACCCCCUAUUUUAAUACCCUUGUUGGUAUUAUAGUCUUUAGACAUGAUGACAGAGAAUCUUUCAAAAAUGUUGUGAAUUGGUACCAAGAAACACAGAGAUAUAGCAAUUUACAAUCGAACCACUAUUUCAUCGUUGGGUGUGACUAUAAAGAAACGACCCCAGUGAUUACAGAAGAGGAUGUCAAGAACUUGAUUGGGUACAUCUCUAAGCAAAAGCCUAUAGAGUACUUCAGAGCAGACGGAAGAAAUUGGGAACAAUUGAAAGAGCGUUUCUUUGACUUGAUUGAUGAGGUCUAUACCGAGGAAUUUACACCGGAAUUUUUGGAACAAUGCUCCAAUUCUAAUGUUGUAAGAAACACUAUUGGCCAGGGACAACCACCAGGACUUCAACAACCACAAACACAACAAUACAAACCGUUUGUCAUCGACGAAGAAACACCAAUCACAGGAGUCGGUGAUGAGGAAGGCGGAUCAUUACUUGGAAAUCACAGACAUGAGGAAAUGGAAUAUGAAGCCAAGUCGACGUGUUGCUGCAAUGUUGUUUAA